CUAUCACACUUCCUCUCUCUAGUUUUCUAUAAUUCUCUCGAUCACAUUUAAAUGUUCAUAUAAACAAUAAAAUUCAUGGUACAUAAAACGCAGUUGUGAAAUCGGAGCAAAUUGGAGUGAGCAUUGAACAAUCGAAGCCGUGUUAAUAUAAAACGUGUAAAGUGUUCGGUGAAUAGUAACGUGUAAAGUGUUCAGUGAAAGAAGUGGAAAAAGUGAAAAUUAAUAUUGACGAUGUCGAGAACGAAGGUUAUGUUCACUUCGGAGAAUAGUUAAUUUGUAUAAAGAUAUACAAAUUUUCAAUUCUCUGCCAGUAAACACAUUUGAUCUUAGCUUUGUUGCAGGUGCAGCUUCUUAGAAGAUACAGAAAAAUCAAGGAAAAAGGAUGUCGACCCAUAAAUCAAAUUUAUGGUGUGUAAUGAAGGAGUGCAAUUACAAUGUUACAGAGAAAAGACACUUUUUUAUGUUUCCAAAGGAAUGUGAAAGAUGAUUGCAGUGGAUACACGCAUCUGGAAGAUUUGAUUUACAAAUGAUGGGCCCAGAAUACGCUCAUCGCAACUAUCGACUGUGCCACUUGCAUUUUGAAGAAAAGUGGUACAAAAUAGGCAAAUGUAGAGCCAGUCUUCUUCCUAAUGCUGUUCCAACAAUAUUUUUUGGAAGAAACAAUACACCUGUAACAUCAUUUCAAGAAGAAAAUAUAACUGAAAAAGAUCAGGACAAGAUUCAACAAGAAGAAACGAGCAGCGACAUCCAAUCAUUAAAACCUAUGCCUAUAGGUACAGAUGCUCAUAUACAGACCUACUUGCCUAUGGAUAAAGAUGUUGAAAUGACUAAACCGAGCACAUCGAAGACCACAUAUAUACCAACCAUAAGCAGGAACUCCGAAAAAGAAAAACUUACAAAAACGGAAUUUAAAAUUAACAGCAGAAAAUAAAAAACUACGCGAAAGAAUUAGAAGACUCCAAAAGAAAAUACAAAGGAUGGAAAAUACAAGAAAAAGUAAGGAAGACCCUAAGAAAUACGAAACUCUUCGUCAACUAGGUUGUCAAUUACUACCCGUGGAUGUUUCACAAUUAUUAUCCGCACAGAUUGACGCCC